GUUCUUCUUCUCCAUCCCGUUUUUUUUUUUGUUAUUAUUUUUUGGGUAUUCUUGUGUGAUUGUCUGCAGAAAUUCUCAUGCGAUGCAGUGGGUUUUUUGGGGGUGUUUGUAGGCUUGGUCUCGAAUUCGUGCGAGGGGUUUAGGGGCAAGGAUUUGGUUAGAGUUUGUUAACCACUCCUUUUAGCGGAAGGGAUUUAAUCGAUGGGGCUUUGACAAAUGAUUACGAUCAGUUUUUCUUCAGGGAAUAUUAUGAAUCUUCCGUGCUAAAUCCUUUUUAACUUUCCCCUAAACGUUGGUUCAAUUUCUCCUGGUUUACAGUUCGCUUGAUGGUUUUGGGAAUUUUCUUAAAAGAUGGUACUGUGUUUCAUACCUGAACAAUCUGACUGUGCCAACAUUUCUCUUGAGAGGUCAACUAAUUGGAACCAUACCAUACCUUUGAUUUGGCUUAUUUGGAAGGUCACCAACGACCAUGUUACUCCAUCAAAUUCAUUACCAUUAGUUUUGCACCUUUUCUGAUUACAUGGCAAGAGUUUUGAAAAACUGUAGUAGCGUGUACCCAAUUUUGAUGUAAACAUACUAAGGUUGUUGCUCCCAUAUGCAAUGUCUGCCACUAUAUUGGUUACAGGAAAUCCAUAUGAUGUGUUAAAUGACAGGGCUCAGAUACUAAUUGACUUGCUGCUUGAUGCUGUGCAGGCUGCCAUGAGAAGAUAAACUUGAUAGCGCCAAAGAUCUACUUACGAAAUUCAGCAUGGGUUCUGGGAAUUUGUUAAUGAAGAAGGUGGUAAAGCCCAGUUCCUUUGAUCUGGACAUAAAAUUUGAUCAGAGUUGGGUGGAGGAUGUUAGUUGCCCUAUCUGUCUCGAUAUCCCUCACAAUGCAAUCUUACUGAGGUGUACCUCAUAUGAGAAGGGCUGUAGACCAUUCAUAUGUGACACAGAUCAGACACGUUCAAACUGUCUUGAGAGGUUCAAAGUUGCUCAUGGGAUACCAGUCAAUGUGAAAGUCUCAUCUCUUACUGUGGCUCCCCUUGAUAGCAUUCAUAUCAUUUCAUCUAAUGCAAAUAACCGCCCAGCCUGUCCGUUGUGCCGAGGUGAUGUGAUUGGGUGGUUUGUUAUUGAUGAGGCUCGCUUGCAUCUUAACCAGAAGAAAAGAUGCUGUGAAGAGAGUUCAUGCUCAUAUGCUGGUAACUUCCAUGAACUUCAGAAGCACACCCAGCAAAAACAUCCAAAUUCACGCCCUUCAGAAAUUGAUCCUGCUCGCCGGGUUGACUGGGAGAAUUUGCAGCAGUCUUCUGAUAUAAUAGAUGUCUUGAGCACAAUACAUGCACAGGUUCCUAAUGGCGUAGUCUUGGGAGAUUAUGUCAUCGAGUAUGGGGAUGAUGAAGCUGGAGAUGAGUAUGAAGUCUACCACAGGGUUAGAAGGAACUGGUGGGCAUCCUGUAUUUUUUGCAAGGCAUUCCGUAGGUCUCCAGGAGGCCAAAGAAGAGCAAGAGCAAGGGAAAGGAGAGAUAGUGGAACGAGGAGCAGCAAUAGAUCUAGUCAAGAAAGCCUUACCCUUGAAGUGCCAACAAGAUCUGUUGACAUAAGAGAAAUCAGAUUUGAUGAAAUUGAUGACGAAUAUAUAGUUACAGGGGCCAUGCCUAGGGUUGCGGGAUCAAGGAGAAUGGCUGGUCAUUACAGGGAUCCCAGGUUCAGACACCGACGUUCACACUUGUAGGAUCAGGCAGCAAAAAAGGAAAAGUCGUGCUGAUGUCUGAUGCAGCAACAAUCAGAAUCGCUCGACCUCUAUUCAUUUAUUUUUCCUUUGUUUUAAACAAAAGAAGAAACGAAAACUCUCCACCCUUGUAGGAGGUGCUCUGGCAGCUCAAAUUUCCUGUACAGAAAAUAUAGCAGUAAGCGUUUUCCUACUGUUGAUUUGCAGCAGGUUUCAUCUCCGUUGCAGGUUCUUUAAUGUAAAUAUUUAGCUCCCUACUUAUGGUAGCAAUGUUUAAAGAUCAGCUUCUUGCCUUGAAAUCCUUGUAUCUCAAAAUGCUUCUCUGGAAUACAGCCAUCUUUAACAGCAAAAA